CCACCGCAUAGUCCCUGUUCCCCUCAACAACCAGAACGCGGCAACAGCGACAAACGGCACGCUGCAUACUGCAGGCUCUCUGUGAGCACUGACAAGAUUGUCCCAAGCGGUUAGCCACUGCCCGUGUCUCGACAAUGUCGUUCUCCGCCUGCGCAAGCGACCUUUCCUUGGGUCCCCAGGUCCGGGGCUGUCGAGAUGACUUUGACUUCACCGUCAAAUUCGAGCAGCUCUUCUUCUCGAUCUUGCCGGCGUCUAUAUACAUCCUCGUUGCCACAUGGCGGAUAUUCCUCUUGCGGCGGAGACCGAUCGUUAUCGCCGGGUCGCGCUUCCAAUAUGCGAAGCUGGCUGCCAUUGUACUGUACGCGGUGUUCGAGCUCGCGCUCCUCGUGCUGGCGGGCCUCUACCCGUUCCCUGCGUCGGCCGCCGCCAUUGCCGCCUCCGUCCUGCGUUUGUCCGCGGCGCUAUGCAUGAUCCUGCUGUCGACACUAGACCACGCGAGGUCCGUCCGGCCAUCGGUCGUUCUCAGUGCGUACGUCUUCACCACAGUCGUGCUUGACAUUGCCCAGGCCCGCACACUCUGGCUGGCAUCCAUCACGUCCAGCGAACGUGCAUACGCGUCGGUUUUCUCCACCACACUCGCCGUCAAGGUCGCCGUGCUCUUCCUAGAGGCACAGCAGAAGUCGCGAUGGGCAAAGGAGGACAUGAGGGACUGCAGUCCCGAGGAGACGAGCGGGAUGUAUAGUCUCGGGGUAUUCUUCUGGCUCAACAAGCUCUUCUUGCUCGGCUAUGGCAAGAUCCUGCAGAUCCCCGACCUCUACUCCCUGGACCGCAAGCUCGCGGCGGACCACGCCCAGGAGAUGCUCCGACCGCAUCUAAAGAUCGAAGAGAUGCGCGGCCAGAAGUACGGGCUGAUCCGCGUCCUCUGCCGCAGCCUAGGCACCUACCUGCUCCUCCCGAUCCCGUUCCGCCUGGCCAUGACGGCCUUCACCUUCUGCCAGCCGCUCUUCAUCGAGGCCCUGCUCUCGCACCUCUCCAGCCCCGAGGACGGCAACUCGAAGCAGCAAGGGUACGGCCUGAUCGGCGCCAGCGGCCUGGUGUACUUUGGCAUCUCCAUCUCGACGGCCUUCUACUGGUACUUCCAGUUCCGCAUGCUGGCGGCGCUGCGGUCGUGCCUGGUCAGCUCCAUCUACAAGCACGCGACGGCGGUGCGCAUCACGACGGGGGACGACGGCGCCGCGCUGACGCUGAUGAGCGCCGACAUUGAGCGCAUCACCAUGGGGCUAAGGAUGCUCCACGAGCUCUGGGCGUGCCUGAUCGAGACGGGCCUCGCGAGCUGGCUGCUCUACACCAAGCUCGGCGCCGCGUUCGUGGUUCCGCUCGUGGCGGUCAUGAUCUGCGCGGGCUUCAUGUCCAUCCUGGUGCGGUACACGGGCCCCUCGCAGAAGGCGUGGAUGGCGGGCGUGCAGAAGCGCGUGGGCCUGACCUCGACCGUCAUCGCGGCCAUGAAGAACCUCAAGAUCUCUGGGCUCGCCGUGCCCAUCGCCGAGUACGUCCAGAAGCUCCGCACCGACGAGCUCGCCUCGGGGUCCCGCUACCGCUCCCUCGGCACCGCCUCAGCCAUCCUGGCCUACACCCCGAUCACCGUGGCGCCGUUCCUGACUUUUGCGCUCGCCGGCGGGAGCUAUGGCCCGGCACAGCUGUUCACGUCGCUCGCGUACAUUACGCUCUUGACGCAGCCCUUCUCAGUGCUCUUCCAGUUCCUCCCGCAGAUCGUCUCGGCGGCCGCGUGCAUGGAGCGGAUCCAGACGUUCCUCGAGAAGGAGGAAAGGGAAGACUACAGACGCUUUCCCGCCCUGGAGUAUACCAGCGAGAAGAAAGGUCCAGAAGUAGUCCCAACAGAUGAAAAGGCCAUCCCCAGCACCACCGCAGCAGCCGACACCGCAGCCAUCGUCGUCGAGAACGCCAGCUUCGGCUGGGACAAGGACACCAUGGCCCUGAAGAACAUCUCCAUGCGCGUCCCCCGGAGCGGGCUGACCAUGGUCGUCGGCCCCAUCGCCUCGGGCAAGUCGACCCUGUGCAAGGCCCUGCUGGGCGAGAUGCCCUUCAGCACUGGCGGCUCCGUGACGUUCUCCAGCAGCGCCCACGGGGCCCGGACGGGCUUCUGCGAGCAGACGCCGUUCCUGUCCAACGCCACGGUCCGCGAGAACAUUGUCGGCUUCGCCCCGUUCGACGCGGCGCGCUACGCAGAGGUGGUCAGCGCCACGAUGCUCGAGGUCGACCUCGACACCCUGCCCCUGCGCGACGAGACCAACGUCGGCAGCAACGGCAUCACACUGAGCGGCGGGCAGAAGCAGCGCGUCGCGCUCGCCCGCGCGCUGUACCUACACACCGACCUGUUGGUCCUGGACGACGUGUUUAGCGGCUUGGACGCGGACACCGAGGACCAGGUCUUCCAGCGCGUGUUUGCGCCCGCGGGAAUGACGGGGACCGAGGAAGAAGGGAAGGGCAGUGGAGGAGGAGGCGGGUUGCUUGCGCGGCGCGGCGCCACGGUGGUGCUGUGCACGCACUCGGUCCGCCAUCUGCCGUUCUCUCAGCACGUCGUCGCGCUCGGUGCCGACGGGACGGUUGUCGAGCAGGGCUCGUUUGCGGAGCUGGAUGCGGCGCAGGGCUAUGUGCGCAGCUUGCAGGUCAAGAGUGCCUCCUCGCUAUCGUCGUCAUCGUCGGCGGCAUCGCUGGCCUCGAGUGAUAUCACGAGACCGGUAACAUCGCCGAGUGCUGGUGCAACAGAGGCUGCCGCCAAGGGGGCGCUUCUUACCAAGGUCAAGUCGACUGUCUCGGAGAACGACAUGGAACAGAAGGCGCGGCAGACGGGCGACAAGACGGUGUACAAGCACUACGCUGCAAGUCUCGGCAGCAUCGUCUCCAUCGCAUUCAUCUUCUUCAGCAUCAUGUUCGGCGGUUUCAGCUCCUUCCCACCCGUCUGGCUCUCGCUGUGGACGCAGGACUCGGCAAGUGCCCAGCCUGCCCACGCCAUGGGCUACUGGGUUGGCUUGUACGCACUCUUCCAGAUGCUCGGGCUCAUCGCGCUCCUGGGUCAAUGCUACGCGGUCUUCAUCGUCGGCGUGCGAAGGUCGGGCAAGUAUCUUCACCACGAGGCCCUUCACACACUGGUCCAUGCGCCCCUGCGGUACUUCACGACGACGGAUCAGGGUGUCACGACGAACUUGUUCUCACAGGAUCUCAACAUUAUUGACACGCAGCUGCCCAUGUCGCUGAUGAACUUUGUCGCCACCGCUUUCACGGCAGUCGGACAGGCUGUAGUCAUGUGCAUCUCCUCGCCGUACCUGGCGGCCGGCUACCCGUUCUUGCUGGCACUCAUCUACAUCGUGCAGAAGUUCUACUUGCGUACUUCGAGACAGCUGCGUAUCCUCGACCUUGAGGCGAAGAGUCCGCUGUACACGCACUUCUUGGACACGACAAAGGGGCUCGUCACCUUGCGCGCCCACGGGCAGGUCCAAGACGACCGCGCCAAAAACUCCAAUCUGCUUAACACUUCUCAGCGGCCUGCUUACCUGCUCAUGAUGAUCCAGCACUGGCUGGAGCUUGUGUUGCAUCUCGUAGUGAUGGGUCUCGCUCUCAUCCUUGUGGGCCUGGCAGUUACGGUGCGCUCCAGCGCCGGGUUCACGGGCGCAUCACUCAUCACCAUCAUGAUGUUCUCGGAAAACCUCAUGGUCCUCGUGCAGUUCUGGACCAUGUUUGAGACAUCGAUUGGCGCAAUUGCUCGCUUGCGGGCUUUUGCUACCGUCAAGCCCGAGGAUCGCGAUGGCGAGGAUGUCCGCCCAGAUGAGGCGUGGCCUCCAAGAGGCGCGAUCACCUUGGACAAUGUUUCUGCAUCUUACGGCACCGAUUCGCCAGAUGAAACGCCAAAUCUGGCUCUGCGCGAGGUGACUCUAGAGAUUAAGCCUGGCGAGAAGGUGGCAAUCUGCGGACGAACCGGCAGCGGAAAGUCGUCGCUGAUUGCACUCUUGCUUAAGCUGCUUGACCCGACUCCCGAGACCAACGAUGGCGUACGGAUCGACGGCGUCGAUGUGGCCACACUGGACAGGCAGGUCUUGCGGCAGUGCAUCAUCUCUGUGCCCCAGGACACAGUCUUCUUGCCUGAUGGCACGAGCUUUCUCGACAACAUCGACCCACUGGGUGCCGGAACCGCUGCCGAUGCGCAGUCUGUCCUGGAAACGGUGGGGCUGUGGACUUUUGUGAGCGAGCACGGCGGCCUGGAAGCUGGCAUGACGGCAGAGGCCUUCAGCCAGGGCCAGCGGCAGCUCUUUUCCCUAGCCCGAGCUGUUCUGAGACGACGGGUACGUGCCCGUCGGCUGGGUAUCAACGACUUCUCGGCGAAGCAGACCGAUGGUUCGCUCACAUCGACAGAUGGUGGAGUCCUUCUUCUCGACGAGGUGAGCUCCAGUGUCGAUCAGGACACGGAGAAGACGAUGCAGGAGAUCAUCAGCCACGAGUUCCGGUCGUACACAGUAGUUGCGGUGAGCCAUCAUCUGGACAUGAUUAUGGACUUUGACCGGGUCGUUGUGAUGGAUCGGGGCUUGGUAGCCGAGGUCGGGAGGCCGAGAGAGCUUGUGCAAACCGAGGGCAGCAGGUUUGGGGAUCUGUAUGCGCUGGGGGGCAAGGUUUAAGCGUGUAGAGGGACAAAAUAAGAUAGACAUAAGGGUUUCCCCAAUGCCAUUGAAUUCCCUUUCACCCUGGCUUGC